AUGACGGUUCAGACAUGGAGAAUGCCCAGUGGUGUGGUAGGGGAGGAGAACAUCUGCAGUGUGGUAGGGGAGGAGAACAUCUGCAGUGUGAUAGGGGAGGAGAACAUCGACAGAACACAGCGCUGGCUGCAGCGCAUGCUGCAGGAAGUACAAUUCUGUGCACGAGGGUCAACGAUGUCUGCGGUGUCCGGGAUAACACGCCUGCUCGGGAAGAACAAAAUGUUACUUCGUGCUCCAUUUCACUGGGUGUCCGCAAACAUGUCGAUCUCCUGCCCGGGUCCGAGACUGCGGGUCCUGGUUGACAUGGACGGGGUCCUGGCCGACUUCGAGGGGGGGUUCCUGAAGAAAUACCGGGCCAGAUACCCGAACGAGCCCUUCAUCCCUCUGGACGACAGGAGGGGGUUCUGGGUCUCUACGCAAUAUGGACGCCUCAGGAGUGACUUGUGUGAGAAGGCUAUUAGCAUAUGGGAGUCCAAGAACUUCUUCAUAGAGCUCGAACCCUUGCCAGGAGGAGUGGAAGCUGUGAAGGAAAUGGCCAAGAUGGACAACACUGAUGUCUUUAUCUGCACCAGCCCAAUAAAACAUUACAAACACUGCCCCUAUGAGAAGUAUGCCUGGGUGGAAAAGCAUUUCGGCCAAGAAUAUCUGGAGCAGGUCAUCCUGACCAGAGACAAGACACUGGUGACUGGGGACUUCCUCAUAGAUGACAAGCCAGACAUCAUUGGUGUGGAGCCCAAGCCCAGGUGGGAACACAUCCUGUUCACAGCGUGCCACAACAAGCACCUCGUCCCCAGCCUGUCCCAGAGACACCUGCUGUCCUGGGAUGAUGACUGGAGGUCCAUCCUGGACAGCAGGAGGCAGUGAGGAGCAGCAGACGCGUCCUUGCUGCUGCUGCUGCUGCUGCU